AUGGAUUCCCUGUUACCAGAGCUAGAGUCCUUUGGCCUUAUACAUCCGACUUGCAAGUCGACCACAUCACAUCAGUUGAGACAACGAGAAAUAUUGGCCAGCCAACCACUUAUAAUAUUCGACCUGCUGGUUGACGAGACCGAAGAUGACCAGGACGUGUCCGCCGUGCCGUCACUACAAAAUAGAUUCUGCCAUAGCGGCAGCAGCAACAUCAGCUCCGAGCUACUCAUAAUCAAGCCCAUCUCCAAACGUCCACUUUCACCAUCUACCACCACAUCCAACAACAUCAACACUAUUACCGCACCAUGCGCCUCCUUUACUAUUGGCUCAUCUUCAUCAACUGCAUCAUCACCAUUCUUAUUUUCUCCAAUCGAGAGAUGCGAGAAAAAGAGAAGGCUGGAUAACGGUAGCAGCAGUAACAACGAUAACAACAACACAACUACAACAACAACAAUCAACUUAUAUUUCCAACAUAAUAGUACAAAGAAGACUUCACCUCUGAAACGACUGUCGUCCAACAAACAACACAUGCACCAUAUACCAUCCUUUAUGAACAAGUCAAUGUUUAGCUGUUUGAUUGAGCCACCUUUGGAAGGGAUCAUCUUACAAUAA